CGCUGCGCACAACUGCAAAUAGUUUUUGAAAAGAUGUCUGAAACAAACGUGGAGAAUAAAGUUGAGCGGGCAGCUCACAACAAAAGCGUCUCCCUCCCCAUGUCACGCGUAAGACUGAUCAUGAAGAGCUCUCCGGACGUGUCCUGUAUCAACCAAGAGGCCAUUUUCUUGACGACGAAGGCGACGGAGCUUUUUGUUCAACAUUUGGCUAUGUCUUCUUACAAUAAUGGAUCUGGCAAAGACACUAACACACUGUCAUACAGUGAUCUGGCAGAUACUGCAGAAGACACAGAGACCUUCCAGUUUCUUACAGAUAUUCUUCCAAAGAAAAUCUUGGCUAGGGAUUACCUUAAGUCCCUGCAGGAACUGGAGGAAGAUGAUGACAACUGACAUUCCAGGCAACACAUAAACAGGCAUUAAAAGGAUCUGUUACUUCUGCAUUGUUCUUAGUGCAUAGCAUGACCUGAACAGGUACAAAAACAGCUCAUUCCACACAACCAAGAAUGGUGGAUGAAAUUCAGGACUCUGAUUUAGUGUUUUGAGUGGUUCCAUUUGUUUCACUCUACUCAUCCGCUGAAGCUUUCAUUUUCUUACUGGCCUAAUCACAGACACAUCUAGAGGCACUAUGCACAAUAGUAGUUUCAUCACCACCAAGCUACCGGUUGCCUAAAUGCUGAAGAGGAGUACCCAGUUUCAGGUAUGCGUUGUGCAAGAUGCAAAUACUGAGAGAAAGUGUUGGAAUUGUUUCUGUUGUAAGUCUUAACAAGGUUCUUUGAGAAACUGCACAUUCACUGAUAUAGUCCAUUACUUUAUGCAUGUCUAGUCAAAGCUGGCUCAAGUUCCUGAGUCACAGCUGCUUUGGAAGUAGUGCUGCUCAGGGCAUAAACAAUCUGUGUGUGUUUGAAUGGGCAUUACACUGGCACUUUUCCAAGUGACUUUUUUUUGUGGUCACUGCUAUGGAAGAAACGUGUGUUGAUGUCAAUGUGUGCAUUGUGCAAGUGAAAUAAAUUGAUAUUUUGUAAGAUUUGCUUGUAAUUUCCUUUUCAUAUGUUUUUUUUUUUUCAACUAUCUGUUGAUUUAAAAUGACACACUGAUAUACUAUGGAUCUAAUUGCCUAACAGUUUCAUUAUGGAUUAGAAUUAAUUCCCAAUAAACACAUGUGCAUUGGCUUCUGCUCUUUACUGUGGAAAAUUUAAACUGCUUUGAUAGGAUAGCUUCGUUAUUAAUUAGUAUUAUUAUUAAUGAUAUUAAUAUUCUAAUUUGAGGUGAGGACAUACACUGGAUUUCAAAAUUGUGACUUUUACUUGAAAUUUUUACUGCAUCUGAUAUUUUGAAUGGUGUACUGUGUGACGUUGGUAUGCAUUUACCUACAAUAUACUUUUGGUUUCUUAGUUGUUGAGUUUCUUUCCCCAGUUGUAUAACACUCCUGUCAAUCAAGAUGGUUGAUUGACUGACUACUCAUGUAGUGAAACUCCAUCUUUUGUUAACAUGUUACUGUUUAAAUAAACAAAGCAUCAACACAAAGUGUUGAACCUUAA